AUAUAUUUAAAACACAGAAUAAUUGUUUAAAAUCUAAAUUAAAAUAGGUAUUUAUUAUUUACAUUUUUGACCAUAAACUAAUAUUAUUUUAUUACUAACUCAAGUCUUGAUAGUAAGUUUAUUAAGUAAUGAAGACUGAAAAGUGAUAAGUGCUAACGUUCAUAGCCUUUAAUUCUAAAAAUCAAGCAUUACCAAUUUUUACUUUAAUAAUUAGGAAAAUAAUUGUGAACAUGUUGGUCUGCCGACAAUCAAAAAAUCUGUUAUACCGUGUAACAAAUAUAAACUUAAAAAGAUGUAUGGGAUCAAUAUCUGAGGAUUCAGGCCAUGCUGAAUUUGUAUAUAACCGUAACCCUAGAAAUUUGGAGAAGUUAAGAAUUGCUUAUAAACCAGCCGGUUACCAUCUCGAGAAACCCGGUCGUGAGUUUUGGCAUAAACUACAAGUAACAACUAGUAAAAGACAUGUGACUGCUAGUGUUUUACAUCAUACGGGUAUGGUUCCAAUACUGGCAACUACUGCAGAAUGGGCCAUACGCAAACAGCUUUUCAGCACUCUAGAUAAAAUGGCAUACAUAACUAUUGGGAAGGUGUUAGCACAACGUUGUUUGGAGUGUGGUAUUUCUGAUAUGAUACAUACCUAUGAAGUGUUGCCGAACAGUAAACUCGAGGCAUUACUUGAAAAUUUAUCGAAAGGUGGUGUACGUUUAGAAGAAGAUCCAAGAUACAAGUCUCCAAAUCCUUGGGAUCAAGAAAGACCAGAAAAGCCAUGGGAACAUUAUUAAAUAAAAUUUAAUUCAACUUUUUCCAAAUAGAUUGUGUGUAUUAUACAUUCAUAUUUUGUAUUAAUGUAUUAAAAAGCUAUAUUUUAAGUAGUAAUAUAUUAAUAAAAAAAAAAAAAGAAUAGAAA